AGAGAUUCUCAUGGUCUAACAGUGCGAAGAUUAGACUUCUGGUAAGGUGGCAACGAUCAAGGCCCGCAUUAUAAUUCAUGAUAAUUGAAGGUCAUGAUGUAGAAAAAGCGACUGAAAUGGUGGAUGCCAUGCAAUCCUCUCGGGUGGGGGCGGCGUACCUGGUCUUAACGGUUGCCCCUGCGACAGAAGGCAAGCAUGCCCAGAUUGUCCACGGGUUGCUAAAUGAGACCGACCCUUUCUUAGUACCCGUUCCCUGUCUUAUAAUUAGACCCGGGCAAAUUUCUCGAGAUUGCACCAUCAUUUUGGGCUUAAAGCUUCCAAAGUCCAACAAUAAUAGCACAUGUUCGCGACGGUUUUUUAAGUCAGUCAAGUUCUUAAACCAGGCCUUAAACGGCCACUUUUAAGUGUCGAUCACAGUUAAAAAAGCAUACAAGCCUCAUGCAAAAGACAGUGGGAAGGAAGUGCACAUCGGUGCUGGGGAAAAAGGAGUAGCCCACAGUUAUUUAGGGGUGGAUCUUUCGAAACAUUCUUAUACUCUUGGACAGAUAUGCAUUGUUUAAAGUUUUAGACAAACCAGGUGUAAACUUAUAGUAACAAACUGUUAAAUAUACAUCAGCAAGAUUUUUGCGAAUCCUAUUUUUCGCUGGAGACUAUCGUUUACUGGCUGGUCACGCAAUCAAAGCUAACGUUCUUUCCCACGUUUACUCACCUUUCGCUCUGCAAUACACUGCGUUCCACAACAUAACAUAACAUAAAACUUUAUUUAUACUCCAAUUUUAGAGUAGCUAACAAGCUAAUAUCUUCGAGCUGACACUACAUAAAAACUAUAUAGAAAAUAUAUAUAUACAUUAAAUGCAAGGAAAGAAAAUAUCAUUUAGAAUUCACAAUUUUAAGUUUAAGUACGUCAGGCAAAAAGAAUCUACAUGAAGGUAACAUCCUGUAUUUUAGUCUUAAAGUCUGCAAAAAAACUGGUACGAAAAAAGUCCGGCAGUGCAUUCCACUGCUUAGCUGAAAAGUAAGAAAAGGAGUUAAGACCAUAGGUAGUUGUUUUAGGUUUACUUAGUGAAAGGAUCCAAAUUGCGCUAGAAAUGUUUGCUUUUCGGCCCACUUUUUAUCUCAGGUAAGGCACUGCAAAGCUGAUUCACUUAAGAAGAUUCGGGGGAGAAUUAUUUCUUGAUGUUAUUCUGAUUUCGCAGUCACGGGAAAACAGACCUAGACUCAGGUCUACUCGCAGACACCAUGCUGCAAUCUACAAGAUCUCAAGAACAGAAAUUACCCAUUGAACGGCCUCUCCUUUUGAAGAUUGCGUGUAUUUCAUUAAAAUAGGUACAUAUUAAAAGAAUCUUGUUAGUUUCUCCCUUUUAACGAGCUCAAAUCGACGCAUAAAACUAAGGUGACGUGCACGUGUCAAUUGACCCUGGGGUCAAUUAGCGGUUGUUUGGGGCGAAAUAACCUCAAAAUAAUCAGUCUAUUUUACAAGCGUUCGCAAGAACACCAGACUAACUUUCAGAUAAUGUUGAAGUACCAUAUCUCAUUAGGUAGUACGCGGGAUUUGGGGUGAUUUGGAGAAUUCCCCCAUAUAGAAAAUUCGAUUUUGGUUUUAGCGGUAAAUUGUUCUAUUUAUAAGCAUUAUGCAAAUUACGUUUCAAAAUUCUGCUGGUUCGUCGAUAUUUUAUACUCUAAAUCUAAAAAAUGUGCCGUUCAGAAAUUGUUAGAUAUCUGCUUUUUGAGAUUUAAGUGGAAGAUUGCCAAUAUAUUCGCUCGUUUAUGAAAAUCAGCUCAAUUCUGUCACUGGGCUAUUUUCCCAAGUUCGGCGGCUAAUUUUAGGCCCGCUGACCGUUGAAAUCGAAAAUCUCAGAUAAUUCCCACACUCGGUCGCAUUUUGCAAUUUAAACCUCAGCAGUGUUAUAAACUCAUUAAAACCUUAUUACAGACUGAAAAUGAGGGUAAGUUAGGUUUUGAGCUGUGGCCACGAUUUGCCGAUUUUGCUCGAUUUUUCUGUGCAUUCGCUCUUAAAUACGGCAGUUGAUUCAGACGUCGGAUGUAUGGUGCCGAAUUUAACUCUGUUUGUUGUAAAUAUUCCCAGUCUCUAGAAUUUUCUUUUUAGUCCAAUAUGGAUAAGGGUUUGUAUAAUUUAUCCAUUAUAUUUGUCACAUGUGAAAUGCGACUUUUAGAUCAAAUGUUGAACCUAAGUCGAAAUUUCGACUGUUUCAGUCGCAGAUUCGACAAAGUCUUAUUUAAUUUGAAACUGUCGAAUUUAGGUUAUUCAGACGGCCCAUCUCAAAGCAGUUACCUCUCGAAUUAAAUUAGGCACAUGGGUAGAUCGACGAUUGAGCUGGGUAAUGAUAUAAACAGUGUCCUGCAGUAUUACUAAAAAUACCGGUGGAUACGCAAUGAUACAUACCGCAUUUUUUAUAUUCCUGUAAACUUUGCUUUCAAUUUACCACAAUAUGUUACCAGCUAUAUGCACAACACAGGUAAAAAAAGAGAGUAAAAAAGAGAAAAAAAAGUAAGGUUACGAAAAAUUUGCUUCAAAAGAAUUCGAACCCGGACCCUCAGAAUCAGUUGGAACUAAAAGUUAACGCCUCUAUCCACUGGACCACCUCGGUAAACGCUGACAAUGUGCUAUAUGCUCCUUCUCUAUGAUGGUUGACAGUUUUUAAGAAUGACUUUUUCGUUUAUUAUCUUUUUUUUAAUUUCCGUGUAGAAUUAAAUCUUUAACUGGAUCGAACUAGACGUAAAGCUCACAAUAAACCCAUUAAUACUCUUUCGGGCUUCGUCCUUGCCGGGGACCGUUUAAGAAAUUUAUGAAGAAUCGAUCGCGCGGCUACCGACUGAACCGUAUGGCCGUACGAUUCUCUCCCUGCUCGUAAGGUGUCUUUUUAUCGGUCGGGGAAAACAUUAACACAACAUUGUUCAUCAUUAUUUCCAUUGUUUUAGGUUAGGGUAGCAAACCAUUUGGCGUUUAGGGUUAGAAGAGCUGCUACAUGACCUCUCUCCCCGGAGUGAAGAAAAACAAUAUGGCCGCCAAAUACAUCCUUUUAGUUUUUAAAGUUCUCCUUUAUUAACAAUCGCGAAAAACUUAUUUCGGCAAACAAACAGUUAAGUUGAAAAAAGAUUUUACAGAAGUCUCAAUCAAGAGUAGGUCUCCUUUCCGAUUUUAACGGUCGAUUUGCAACUUUUAAACCGGUUUCGAUUUAAAGGGAAAAUAAUUUAAACAAUUCAGUUUUGUUUGGUUCAAUUUGACAAAAAAAAUUCUUUAAAAACGACGUAAAAAUUAAAAAUUACUCAGAGACAAUACCCCUUUUGGUAUAAAAAAUUGUUAAAAAAAACAGGAAAAAUUGGGGGGGGGCGUGCCGAGGGCGCGAGCUGCUAAGGGGGUUUCUGCUAGAUUUUGAUCUAUAGGCUCUCUGAAAUAGUAUUUUCCGCCUUCGGAGAGCAUUAAUUUCAAGCAAUGUUUCUUUAUUAAAGCCAUAAAUAAAUAAUUUUGAUGCUUUAUCGAACCGAAAUGAACACAUGCUAAGGCACUGCCGUGUGAUGAAAGGUUGACUCUCUACAGCCCUCGGCCUAGUCCUCCGACUUUUUCGCUCAUGAUCAUUACCCCUUUAAAGUUUAAAUGCCGGGCGUCAACCAGUUUUUUUUAAAUGCCCCACACAACUAAAAUCUCAAAUAUGCUUUUUAACUCGUUAAUGAAAUCUUGUCACAGCAACUAACUCGGAAAUAGUCACGUGACUGAUGACGUCACUACCUUAGAUGUGACAUGGGAAGAUAUUUUAUGACAUUUUAUCUUGUUGACAGUCUUCUACGUAUAAAACUGUCAAAGUUGUAAAGCUUUUAAAAAAUUGCCUCUAAGGAUUCUGGGAGAUUUUUUAUUAUAAUUAUAAUUUACUUUUAUAAUUAUUAAUUUUAUUAAUUAUAUUAUUAUAAUGAUGCUACAACUGGUUUCUUCUCUGGCUCUAACAACAAGUUGCCUAGGGAAUCCAAAGAACACAGUCUGUUUGCUUUCCUCUUGUCUGCAUCUCGAGUUCUUUUAAAAUCCUUCUAGUUCGAGUUCUUCUAAAAUCCUUGCUGACCCCAACAGUGCAUCAUUCCCACAGAGAUCGAACUUUUCUCGCAAGAUCUAGAUACUUUUCAACUUUCUCAUCUCCCUUUUUCUCUCACCUGUCUAUCCUCUGGAAUUGCCUUGAUUAUAAUUUUACAGCUCUUGUCUUUCUUGUCAAUUAUCACAAAAUCCGGUCUUCUGGUCCCAAUUUCAUGGUCUGUUCAAACAUUGAAGUCCCACAAAAGUUUGAAGUCGUCAUUUUCAAGCACGUUUUCCAGGACAUGGUCAUACCCCCUUUCAUUUCGCUCAAACCCACACUUUCCUGCCAUAUCCCAAUGGAUUGCCCUACCCAUUGUGUGAUAGUUUCGGACAUGCACUUACAAUACGACUGAUUGUCCUUAUACUCUGCUUGCACAUUCUACACUUGGGAUCACCCUGCGACCAGUCGAUUUUUACUUUCACCUAAUUUAUACGCAUAGCUUGAUCUUGUGCGGUGAGGAUAAGAACUUCUUUUUCGCUCUUAAGCUUUCCUUCUUUCAACCAAGUCUGGGUUUCCUCGCUUCUUUAGCCUUCACCCUGUCUCACAAAUUGCCAAUAACGGUUAUUGUUUCUAUUCUUGAAUAUUUUCAGUUCUCCUUUUUUAACAGCCAGCAGCCGUUUCUUGACUCUAAACCCCUUCACUCCUCCUCCUUUCAUCAUCGUCAUCGUUAUUGGCAUCAUCAUCAUUGCUAUUGUUAUAUUUUUUUCUUUUUCAACCUGAAAACGGGCAUAUUGAAAAAAGUACUUCUCCUCUGCGUGCAUGGAGACCUCUUGGGAGUUGGAAAAAAUGUAUUCUCCAUGAUCAGUAACUAAGCUCACACUGCACCGAAUACCCUUUCGUGCCGACACGCAAAGCUAUUUCGUUUCUUGUUAACACCUAUCCGAUAUGUGAGUCUCCACUUUAGAGAUUGGCGAGCAGAAAUCCCACCCGAAAUCACCGUUCUUAUGUGUGAACAGAAACCUUAUCCGGUAUGGUUUUCGUGCUGGCGCAAAAGCUAUUCGGUAUAGUGUGAACAUAGCCGUAAGAGGCUGCACUCGAGUGAGCAGUAACGUUGUGAAUGGUACAUUUCUCUUUCAGCGAUUUCUUUUCGCUUUACAAACCUGGGUAAGCAAGGCAACUGUGGACCAACAUCGACAUCUGGUUACGCUAACACCACCCUGCAUGGAAAAGUAACACUGGAUAAAGGAAUACAAUUAUGGACUGUGCCAUUUUCGGCCUUUUACACUCUAACUGUAGCGGGGGCGUCUGGAGGGAAAACCACUAUGCACUCGGGAGGUCACGGAACCGUUGUCAUUGGAAUACUCCAACUUACCAAGGGUACUCAACUCCGUAUUUUGAUUGGUCAGAGGGGCGUCAAAGGAACAUCUGUUGCCGGAGGGGGAGGGGGAGGGGGGACGUUUGUUGAGGACGACAACUACAACCUUCUAGCAGCAGCUGGGGGUGGCGGUGGUGGUGGAGGGCAAAUUACUUCAAAAGAUGGGGAUGAUGGCCAAGCCAGUAAAAAUGGGAGCGUGUUUGGGGGUUUUCAAGGUCUCGGCGGAACCGUGCGAGGUACCGAGAUAAACAGCGUCGGGGCAGGUGGCGGCUUUCAUGGAAACGGUACGUGUUGCCUGUUCAGUACUGCCACGAACGCUUGCGUUUUUCAUAAGUGCCAGCAAGGUGGUCUGUCGUUUUUGAAUGGCGGGUUUGGAGGGACUGGCAAUGGGGAUGGUGGCUUUGGUGGGGGAGGUGCAACGUCUGACCACUUUGGAGGGGGUGGAGGUGGAUACUCUGGUGGUGGUGUGCAUGCAACCUCGUUGGGGUCAGGCAGUCAAGCAGGGGGAGGUGGUUCGUUUUUUAUCGGGAAUGUGAAAUCAGAAGGUGGUCGGAAUAAUGGUGAUGGAUACUUGCUGUUGGAGUUGAAAAGCAGCUCAAAUUAA